GCCGAGCGCCCCUCCAUUUCUUUGCAGGUGAAGCAGGAGGAGCAGGAGGAGAGACGGGAGCCGUCCUUCCUUGCCGAGAGCAGCAGUGCUGGCCAGGCACGGGACCACAAGGCCGCGGGCCCUUCAUCCAAGCAUUUGCAGCCGCCAACGAAGGCGAGGCGUCCUCCAUCAGCAACACCCAGAGCGGAGGGCCCAGGCAGCGCGGGCCCUCCGCUCAUGUCAGAGGACGCGACCUCCGAGGAGCGCGCGGAGGCCACGGAGGCGGCAGAAUUGGAGCCAGCAACGGGCCGACGAGCCAGUGCCUCCAGUGCCGUGUCGCAGACGAGCACACUCUGCAGUGCGCGGCGUGCAGACAGCAUCGCCGGCUCCAUGACUUUCUCGGUAUCUACUAGAGGUCGCCGAAGAUCUGUUUUGAAUCCUGCAGCCGUCAUCCAAGACUUGGAGGCUUCAGAGGAGUACGAGUACGCACGGCUCUUCCGUGUUUUAUUGGAGAUUCAGCGGACUGGCGAUCCCGAUUCUAGCUGCCUGAGAGAUUUUCUGGCGGAAAACUGUGAAGUCACCGACCUGGUGCUCGAUGCCUUGCCCUUCCUCCAAAAGGUUGAAGGAGGGGAGAUCGUGCUGCCUGCGAGCGCGGACAUGCGAACGGAUCCGACCUUCCGAGAGUUCCUCCAGACGAUGAGGGAGAGGUGUGUCUCCAAUGCAACUCUUUUAAGGAUCUUCACGAAGCUGGGCCAGCGCGGCUCGGCACCCACAGAGGCCUGUCGCGCUGAAGCCCAGAGGUUCUGCCUUGACCGCUUCGAUGCGAACCUUCGUCAGAGCGAAUGGGAGCAGAUGCUCCAAGCUGCCUUCGACGGUGCUGGCGAGGAGCUGACCCCAGGCCAAUGGAUGCAAAGCUGUCGAUGGGCUGCCCGAGCUGCCAGGCUCAUCAUGACGCUGCGGCUGACGUAG